AUCCGAAAGCGGCUCUCUGGUAAUUCACAGGCUGAACUUGGUGUUAGUCUCAGUCGGAGUCGCAGCCUCAACCGUACCGCUGUUCGUCCGAAGUAUCAGCGGCAGUGUCGUAUCGUACGUAUCGUAUCGUAUCGUAUCUGAUCGAUCCGGUCCGGCAUGGGAAGUUUUCCAGCUCUACUUGUUGUUGUCGGCUCGCUGGCAUUGGGUGCGAGUGCUCAACUCACCCUCAACUGUGUGUCGGACAUCCCGAGUGGCCGUGUGACCGGUCACUGCAUUUCCAUCCGGAAUUGUGACUAUUUUAUGAAGAUUUUGGCCUCUUCGAAUCUCAGCCAGAGCGAUCGCAUCCUUCUGCGGCGAAAUCAGUGCGGUGGAAGUGGCGUGGACGUCCAGGUGUGUUGCCCCAGUACCGCCGGUUUGGCGGCCUUGACCCACCCACUUCUGCCCAAAGAUUGCGGCUCGGUUCGAUGGCAGCGUUCCAAUGACACGGAAACGGAGACGCGGGUCAGGGAGUUUCCCUGGCUGGCGCUUAUCGAGUACACCCGGGAUAACCAGGAGAAGAUCCACGCAUGUGGGGGAGUGCUUAUCAGCGAUCGCUAUGUGCUGACUGCUGCUCAUUGUUUGGCUCAGGCGGCGACCAGCAAUCUCAAGAUUACGGCGGUUCGCUUGGGAGAAUGGGACACGAGCACCAAUCCGGAUUGUCAGUUCCAUCAGGACACGAAAGUAACGGAUUGUGCACCACCCUAUCAGGAUUUAGCCGUCGAGGAGCUGCUGCCACAUCCGCAGUACACGCGAACCGAUAGCUCCCAGAUUAACGACAUUGCCCUCAUUCGUUUGGCAACUCCUGCCACAUUCAACGACUUUGUGCUGCCCAUUUGUUUGCCCAACAAACAGCUGCGGGCCGACGAACUGGAGGGUCUGGUCACCGAAGUCGCCGGUUGGCAGGCCACAUCCUCGUCGCGCAUGCGCAAAAGCCUGGUGACCAUUAACUCCCUGGAGGAGUGCCAACGGAAGUACGCCGGUCAGCAGUUGAACAUUCAAGUCACCCAGCUCUGCGGGUUGACCACGACCAAGGAGUGCCACGGCAAUGCUGGCGGACCACUAAUGCUGUUCAAGAACGGGGGCUAUCUGCUGGGCGGAUUGAUGUCCUUCGGACCUGUUCCCUGUCCAAAUCCCGACUGGCCAGAUGUCUACACAAGGGUUGCCGCAUUUACUGAUUGGAUUCACGACAGUUUAAGGGCAUAGCCUUAUAAGCUUAAUGGUCAGUAAUGUCAAUAAAUGCUUGGUGCCAAA